CAUCUAUAUUAGAAUGCUUGUCGUCUUUGUAUAUAAAUAACGGCAUGCAGUCUAAUGUUCUAUUAAAAAAACAAAAACAACGCUUCUUUCUUCUCCGUUAAGAGAAACCUCCCUCACUCCCACUUUCCGACGAACAAAAACAACAUCUGAAAAAAAUCAUGAAUCCAGCAGAUUCCGAUCAUCCACAGCUUCCAAACAUCAAGAUCCAUCACCCUCCAUCUCCACGUCACUCUCACCAUCACCACUCCUCAUCUACUCCCUCCUCCGCCGCAACUCCAACACCAACCGCCGGAGCUCGUCGUAAAAUCGGAGUCGCAGUUGAUCUCUCCGAAGAAAGCUCUUUCGCCGUUCGUUGGGCUGUAGAUCACUACAUCCGUCCCGGAGACGCCGUUGUUCUUCUCCACGUUUCUCCAACCUCCGUCCUCUUCGGUGCCGAUUGGGGACCUCUCCCUCUGAAAACUCAAAUUGAAGAUCCAAACGCUCAACCUCAACCUAGUCAAGAGGAUUUUGAUGCUUUUACUUCAACAAAAGUUGCGGAUCUAGCUAAACCGUUGAAGGAGUUAGGGUUUCCUUAUAAGAUCCAUAUAGUGAAAGAUCAUGAUAUGAGAGAGAGAUUAUGUCUUGAGAUUGAGAGGCUUGGUCUUAGUGCUGUGAUUAUGGGAAGUAGAGGUUUUGGUGCUGAGAAAAAAAGAGGAAGUGAUGGCAAGCUUGGCUCUGUUAGUGAUUACUGUGUUCAUCACUGUGUUUGUCCUGUUGUUGUGGUUAGAUAUCCUGAUGAUCGUGAUGGACCUGUGCCUAUUGUUACUGUCAAGUCUGGUGGAGAUGAUGAUGGAGAUGUUGUUGCUGCUUCUGCUUCUGCUCAUCAUGAACACAUCAAAGGUCAGGGAUCAAUUAUCUCUAUCUCUAUGUGAUUCAGUGAUUGAUUAGAUAAGCUGCUUUCGUUGUUAUUUUUUUCAUGGAUGUUUCUGUUGAUGUGUCAGAUUUAGAUUCAGUAGUGUAGUGAGUGUUGUGAAUUUUGUGAUCACGUGAAUAUGUUGUGAAAAAGAUUGCCAUAGAUGGUAGCACAGGAAAAUGAGAUCCUUUUAUAGCUGAACUAAGAUGAUUUUGUCGAUUUAGUGAGAAAUGCUGUCCAUGUUCAUUGCCUUGCUUACCCGAAAAUUGAGGAUGAUGGUCAUGUACAUAGAUGAUUUCCUAGCUUUAGUGUAUUCGUUCUAUGAAUUUGUAUAUAUCUUCUUCAUCUGCCGAAACUGUUUCUAUUUACUGAAGUUAGUUGUAUAGUAUAUAUCAUAAUUUUUGGUGGUUAUGGCUAAUUUGCUGUAAUAUAUGUUAGAAGAUUAUUGUUCCCCUACACAUGGGACAAAGAAGCGCCGACAUCGUUCUAUUUCUUGCAUUGUUUACACUACCCAUUGAUUGCGUUUAGACUUUAGAUUAAAAGUACUCUAGUCCAGAGGAAAGUUUCUUUUGACCCUUGAAGAUAAACUUUUCUAAGUGAGUUUGUUUGAUUUAUUUUUCCUCUGUUCGGUUUAGUUUGAGGCAACAUUAAGUAUCAUUAGCAUCCAAGUAUUAUGAUUCUUGACUUGGGAAAAGGCAGAUAAGAAAUUAUGUCUUCUAUAACCCCUCAUUUCGUAAGUUGGUGACUGUAUACUUGUUGUUGUAUGAAACAUUGAAAAUCAAAUAGUGCAGUAGUUCUAAAAAGGAAGCUUCAAUUAUACUUUUUGUUGUUGUUUGCUUUGGUCCAGACUAGGAAAGGUUACAAUGUUAACAGAGGAAAAUUUAGGAAAGAAUGGGAAUAUGUAGGAAGAAUCUGGUUAACAUGCCAAAAUUUUUUUUAUCUAUACUCUUGGGUAAUGUUUAGAUAUCAAAUCUAACUGAGAUGUAGGCACUACCUUCUUACUUUUAUGACAAGUUCAGAUGAAAACUUGUCAAAUAAAGUUACUGAGUUUCGUAGAUUGCUUCUUCUGUAAGAUAGUCACUGGUGUUAGUUCUGGAGCAUUUGGUAUACGUUACAAGAUCGGAGCUACCUAGUGAAUUUGUAAAAAGAUCUGAAUGUACACUGAUAAGAUGAGUGAUGAUUCGUGGGAUCUAAGUAAUAUAUCACCCUCUUCUCUUCUAGGUACACAAAGCAAGUAGGGGUGUUAGCGGAAUGUUCAGAGGAGUGUUGAAUGUGUGUUCUUUCUUUAGCUAUGACAAUGUUGAUGAAUUUCUUUGGGUUAUGUAAUAUGAAUGAGUGUUGAGUGGUUUCUGCAUUAAACAUGAAGGAGUUGUAUGAUUAAUGAACCCCUUUUAGGAAGAAGAAGGAUUAUACGUUUCUUUAAUAAAGACUGGUAUUUUAGAAUUUAGUUACAUGGUAACAUCAAAUAAAGAUUUGGUUGAUUUAUGGUUUUGGUUUGACUUGUUGGAAUUUAGGUAAAUCUAAGGAUUGAAGUUAUGAAAGAUGGAUUUCUCCAAAAGAAAAAGAAAAAUGAAACAACCAAAGAAACAAAAAUGUUUGGUAAUUCGUAAAACUUGUUUGGUUAUUAGGUCUAAUUUCUUUUGCAAAUUUAGAGUAGAUGACUAUAAUUAUCGGAUUUUACAUCUUUUCACGCGGCGGAUAUGUACAAGAAAUUUCUUCCUUUUACAUCA